AUGGAUCCUAUCAAGUACCUACUUGAAAAGUCUGUUUUGGUUGGGAGGAUUACCAGAUGGCAGGUUUUGCUAUCGGAAUAUGAUAUUGUAUAUGUCUCGCAAAAGGCAAUCAAAGGUAGUGUCCUGGCCGACCACUUAGCAAGCGGGCCAACCAAGGAUGAACACAUGGUCAAGGAGGAAUUCCCCGAUGAAGAAAUAUUGACCUUGAAGGAUGAGCUAGAAAAGAAAAGUCAAAAUGAAUCUUGGUCGAUGUUCUUCGACGGGGCCUCCAAUAUAAUGGGGCAUGGAAUAGGAGCCAUACUAAUGUCGUCCCAAGGAAAACAUAUCCCGAUGAUGGCACGGUUGGACUUUGAAUGCACCAACAACAUGACUGAAUACGAAGCUUGUAUAUUGGGUCUACAAGCUGUGCUUGAUAACAAAGUCACCAAACUAGAAGUCUACGACGACUUGGCUUUGGUGAUAUACCAACUAUGGGAUGAAUGGAAAAUAAAGGACCACAAAUUAAUCCCCUAUUGA